UGCUAGGGACGGCGGACGCGGACGCCGAUGGGGAGUGUGUGGCUGGCCGUGGCUGCGGGGCUGCGACCGGGCCGCGGCCUUCUCUGCCGCCUCUGGGGACACGGACACGGACACGGACGCCUCCAGAGAGCAGCCCAUGGCCGGGGCUCCGACUGCAGCCCCCGGCGCCAGAGUUACCCCAAGGAAUGCGAGGAUGCCAUCAACAGGCAGAUCAACACGGAGUUCCGCGCUUUCUACGUCUACCUGUCCAUGUCGUAUUACUUCGAACGUUGUGACGUUUCGUUGAAAAACUUUGCCAAGUUUUACCUGCAGCAGUCCGUCGAGGAGCAGGAGCAUGCUGAGAAGCUGAUGAUGUUUCAGAUUAAGCGAGGAGGCUGCAUCCUCCUGCAUGAUAUCAAGAAACCUUCCCUCGACGAGUGGGGCAGUGGCUUGGAGGCAAUGGAGCAUGCACUGCAGCUGGAGAUUGAGGUCAAUCAAAGCAUCCUGAACCUGCACAAACUGGGGAGUGAACAGAAUGAUAUCAAUUUAUGUGAGUUCUUGGAGUCAAACUACUUGAGUGAGCAACUCGAGGCCAUUAGGAAGCUUGGAGAACACAUCACCAACCUGAAGAGACUGGGAGCCCCUGAGAAUGGUAUGGGAGAGUACCUGUUCGACAAGCACUCCCUGGGGAAGGACAGUUAAUGACAUGGGCUUUGGUGAACUCAUCCCCUUGGGAUAUGGCUUGUGCCUGGCUUUUCUCACUUGCUGCAAGUUUAUCAGCUUGUUAUCUAACCAUCUGUACAGAGCGGAUUCCAUUGUUCACCUGAGCAAGAGGGCACCAUCCAUUCCAGUGUCUCGUGUUAAGUUAUUACUGUCAACCUAGUCCUGGUCAUUGUAGGGCCAGAUUAAAGACCACGCACUGCAUGGUACAUCUGUUCCCAAAUAAAAUACUGUGAAAACGUUA